AUGGAGUUUGCAGAUUUUAUCAAGACGCCAAUGGUAAAUAAUGUAGUUUUAAGACAGAAAUUUAAGAAAGCAGUUGAUGGAACUUUGUGUAUCACCGGACAUCACUUGAUUCUGUCUUCUCGUAAUCAACAUACUGAGGAACUCUGGUUGUUACAUAGUUGUGUAGACAGUAUAGAAAAGAAGCUAACAGGUUCUACUGGCACCCUGACUUUAAAAUGUAAAGAUUUUACUAUUCUGUUCCUGGAGUUUCAGACAGUAGAGGAUUGCCUUGAUGUCUGUACCUCUAUAGAACAACUCUCUAAUCUAGCUGAUCUCGGAAUGAAGUAUCCCUUCUCGUAUCGGCCUAUGUUUGAGAUAUUAGAAGAUGGCUGGCAAGCGUUUCCACCAGAGAUUGAGUUUAACAGACAGAAAGAAUGUGGAGAAGAAUGGAGACUGAGUUAUGUUAAUAAAGACUAUAAGUUGUGCCCGUCGUAUCCAAGUGUAGUUAUAGUACCUAAACAGAUAGAAGAUGAGCUUCUACAACGCGUGGCCAAGUUUAGACAUCAUGGCAGAUUUCCGGUGUUAAGUUAUUUUCAUAAAGAUAAUAAGUCAGUAUUAAUGAGAAGUAGUCAGCCUCUAACAGGACAGAAUGGUAAUAGAUGUAAGGAAGAUGAGAAGCUGGUCAACUCUGUUUUAAGUCAGGGUAGACGUGGUUAUAUCAUAGACACUAGAGCUCAAAGUGUAGCCAAGAUGGCGCAAGCAAAGGGUGGAGGCUACGAACCCGAGGCUAAUUAUUCAAGAUGGCGAAGAAUACAUCAGCCAAUCGAAAGACACCAAGCAUUCCACGAUUCUUUAAUCAAAAUGAUAGAAGCUUGUAGUGAUAGUAAUUCUAGUAUGGAUAAAUGGUUAUCCAAGUUAGAAUCUAGUAAUUGGAUGACUCAUAUUAAAGAUAUUUUAACAUGUGCAUGUGUCGUGGCUCAAUGUAUGGAUAAGGAAGGAGCGUCAGUGCUAGUUCACGGAGCAGAUGGAUUUGAUACAACUCUACUAGUUACGUCUCUGGCUCAGUUAAUCUUAGAUCAAGAUUGUCGAACUGUCUCUGGGUUUGAAGCGUUGAUAGAAAGAGAGUGGAUAAGGGGAGGUCACCCAUUCCGAGAGAGAUGUAGCAAGUCAGCGUAUGCUAUCAGUAAACAACGGAAAGAGUCGCCUGUCUUUAUUCUAUUUAUAGAUGCUGUGUGGCAGAUCUUACAACAGUUUCCAUGUUCGUUUGAAUUUAACGAAGAGUUUUUGAUAUUUUUAAUUCACCAUGCUUAUUCCUCACAAUAUGGUACGUUUUUAUGUAAUAAUGAAAAAGAAAGGAUAGAACAUAAAGUAACAACUAAAACUGUCUCUCUGUGGUCGUUUAUUAACAGACCUCAAGUUUUAAACCAGUAUUUAAAUCCCAUGUAUGAACCUAAUCCAGUUGUUAUCUGGCCGUCUGUUGCUCCUCAAAGUCUGACUCUAUGGAACAGUUUAUAUCUGAGAUCUCAUAUUGAUCAGACUCCACAUGAAGACGCCUGGAGAGAAAUCACCAAGACUCGAGAAUUUGAUAAAGAAUUGAAAGCUAAAGCUGGAAAACUUAGAAGGUAA